AUGGAAUCUGUCGGGGAUGGUGGCGCGGAGGCUCCUUCCGUCGACGCCGGGGCGGCGGCGGACGACGGGAGCCUCGUGGCCAACCUGAGCACCGAAGAUUACGACAGGCUCUCCGCGUUCUACGGCCCGGAGCUGUACUCGAUGGUCGAGGACGAGAAGCACCGCGAAAUCGUCGAGCGCAACUCUGCGAUGCGUGAAGCGGUCAAAGGGCUGGGGAAGGUGAAGCUGGGGGCCAGGUCGAAGCUGGAUGCGCCCUGCGAAUUCAUCAACAUCCCCCGGGAGAAGCUUAGACAGGACAAGGACACCUCGGCGAAAGGUGCGAACCAAAAGAAUCUGGUGACGGUGCUGGGACUCAAGAAGCUGUACAACGCGCUCUACACCCCGCGCGUGCCAUUCAGGGUGAAGCUCGACGUCGAGCUUGCCAAGCUGCUGGAGUGGAUUGCGCCCAGCGACGAGGAGCGGGCCCACAAAGAGAAGUUAUGCACGUAUUUGGCUCAUGUAGGUGACCAGCUCCGGCGGGCCAGCACAUUCGCAGAUGCCACAGGACUAUCGCUACCAGGAGGCGAUAUCGACGUCUGCAUCCAGACGACCGAGGACGAGCUCUCAACGCUCAAACUCUUGGUAUACGCAAUGAGCAAGAUGGACCUGCUGCACUCGUUCGAGUGCAUCUUCAACGCCAAGGUGCCCGUGGUCAAGGCCAUCGACAAGGCGACAGGGGUUAAGUUGGACAUUUCGAUCUGGCAGCAGAAUGCAAUGGACACCACACAGUUCAUCAAGGACAAGUGCGAGCAGUACAAGUACAUGCAACCGCUCAUCCUGCUGAUCAAGCUUUUCCUGCAGCUGCGCAACCUCAACGACACGUACAUCGGGGGCAUCGGCUCGUACCUGCUCUACUGCAUGGUGCUCAGCUUCCUGCAGCUCCACGUCUCCAGCUGCAGCCGCAGCAAGGACGAGGAGAACACCCUGGCCAGCCUCUACGUGGACUUCUUCUACUACUGGGGGUUCCUGCGGGACUACAACCAGUUCGCCACGACGGUGCGCGGGUUCGGGCACGUAUUCCCCAAGAGCCUGCUGAGCAGCCGCGACACCGCGCUGCUGGCGUGCGAAAGCCCCCUGGAAACAUCCGUUGACAUCGGAAAGAACGCAUUCAACAUGGGCAGCGCGCGGGCGUCGUUCCAGAACGCAUUCUUCGUGCUCAUGGAGAAGCAGAACAUGUCCGGAGACCGCGGCGGCGGCUCCGGCGCCCACGACCGCCAAGACUGCAUCCUCGAGGCCCUCUACGACCCAUCGCACCCUAUCUUCCAGCACAGGUCGGAAAGCACGAUAAAACGAACCAUGCACCAGUCGUACGACUACCAGAAGCUUGCCUCCCCAGAGAACUCACUGAAGGAGGUCUGCGAGCACCUGCGCCGGAUGGCCGACAACGCAGAGUCGGCUGGCACGGCAAACCGACAGAAGCCGCUCGCGGCAUCGGUAUCGCACAAACCGGACGACGGUACGGCCGGCGACGAACAGAAAUCGCUGCCCUUCUACGUCAUCGCCGACGCAGUCACCAGGGAGUUCUACAGCACGGACUGA